AUGCCAUCUCAAUCAGGUCUUUCCUUCUUCACAGACGCUAUCUCCAACGUUCCACGGUUCACCGCGUACUUUGGAGUAAGUCCUGCCAUCUCUGAGGGGCCUGACAUUCAGCGCUGGACGUUGAGCCCUCUUGGUACUUAUAUGGGUGUAUGUGGAUUGGUUCAUCUUUUUGAUUCGUACUUCACGUACAAUUACAGCUGCCAUCUAUCACAGACCAUCAGGCUCAAAAUCCACACACUCUCACUUCCCGGCGUUGCUUCCUUCAACGGAUAUGUCUUGCUUCCCUUUACUGCCGUUCCAUAUCCCUGUUUAGCCUCCCGAUCUUAUUCAGUGGGCAUUGUUACCACAACAUCCUAUGCGGCGUCAAACACUCAGCCCACUGCCGCGCAGCGCGUACCAAGCUGGCUCGAAGUCUGGGCUCACGUUUGA